AUGUUCGCUUCCAAGAAUCCAUCGCAGGACGAACCCCGCACUCUGGAGGAACUUCUGAACCGCGCGGAGAAAUUUAUUCGGAUAGAGGAGGCUGUAGAGAUGGGGCUCCCCGUGAAGAGGAGGCGCGAAGAAGAACGCCAUGAUACAAAAAGGAAAGAAGAAGGACGCUCGAACCACGCCCCUACCUAUCCAAAGUUCACCCCCUUAAAAGCAAAACUCAUGGAAGUAUGGAUGGUAGCGGAGCGGAAAGGUUUAGUCCAACCCCCGAGACAGAUGAAAGAAAAUUCGAAAAGGCAAAAAUCGGAAAAAUACUGCGAGUACCAUCGAGAUCGGGGCCAUACUACCGACGAAUGCUUCCAACUUGAGCAGGAAAUCGAGAGACUGAUUAAGAAAGGACACCUGGGAGAAUUCGUGGAUACUCCGCGACACCAGAAAUUCAAAAAUAAACCCCACUUCCAGCAGAAAGAAGAACAUCUCAAUGCUCGGAAGGAUCGGGAGGAUGACAAUCUUCCGACUCAAGGAAUAAUUGCAGUCAUUUCCGGAGGACCCUCAAGUGGUGAUACUCCCAGCGCACGACGCGCGUCAAUGCGGGCUGCAGGAGGCUCGUACUCUACGACAGAACGUCCGGCAGGACAUGUUUACCAUGUUCACCACCCAAACCCAGAGAUUACAUUUAGCGACGACGAUCUCGAGGGACCAUGUGGUGAACACAACGAUGCGUUGAUCAUUUCUGCAUCAAUUUCCAAUUACUUGGUGAAGAAGAUUUUGGAAGACGGCGGUAGCUCAGCUGAUAUUAUAUAUUACGGCGCUUUCGAAAAGCUAGGGAUAGCCAAUGCGAAACUCGCACCCGUGAAAACACCUUUAGUGGGUUUUGCAGGACACGCUGUCGAAGCUUUGGGGUAA